AUGCCUAAACCUGAAAAUAAAAAGGACAUAGAUCGAUUACUAGGACUAAUUACUUACGUGGGUGCUUUUAUACCAAAUUUAUCUGAUAAGACAUUGUUGUUGAGAGAGUUGUUAAAAAAAGAAUGGCACUGGGAUGAACAACAUGAUGAGUGUUUAAAAGUUAUAAAAAAGUGUUUAUCAAAACCACCAGUGUUAAGAUAUUACGACUUAGACCUCCCUAUUACUAUCUCAGUAGAUGCGAGCAAAAGCGGCUUAGGUGCCUUUCUAAUGCAAAAUGGAAUGCCAGUUUGUUAUGCGUCUAAGUCAUUGUCAAAAGCAGAACAGCGAUAUGCUCAGAUAGAGAAGGAGUUAUACGCUUGCGUUUUUGCUUGUGAGAGGUUUCAUGCGUACAUUUACGGAAGAACAGAUGUAGUUAUCGAAACUGAUCACAAGCCACUCGUUAGCAUUAUAAAGAAACCAAUAGCGGACUCACCAUCGCGCCUACAACGGAUGCUAUUGAAAUUACAACGCUAUACAUUCAAAUUAGUCUACAAGGCCGGUAAACAUCUAUUUAUUGCUGACGCGUUGUCACGGGCAUACGAGCCGGAGUCAGCGUUGAGCGCGCAGCUUUCCAGCGCUGGCUAUACACAGCACGAGUAA